AUGGCUGCGAUGAAUGAAAAGGUUAGUAUCUAUGUUCCUGAAGAUAUCGUCUUCUCUAUUCUUUCAAAACUACCUUUGAAAUCUGUGAAACGGUUUACUUGUGUAAACAAACUUUACACUCUUUUAUUUGAAAAUCCUUAUUUUGUGAACAUGUUUUACAAAAAUAUGGUUUCCAAAUAUAAUUCAUUGUACGAUGAACCAUGUUUCCUCCUAAACCAUGAGAGUAGCAAUUUGGAAAGUAAGUUGUAUUUGAUUUCUGGAAAGAGAAUUGAGAACAAAGUGCCAUUGAACUGGCCACAUCCUUUUAAUCAAAACCCUGGAUAUAAUUACUAUCAGCCUUUUAUUGCAUCUUCUUCUGUUAAUGGCACUCUUUGUAUAUACGAUGAAAAUGAUUAUCAUCCAACUAUUGUAUUGUGGAAUCCCGCUACCGAUGAAUUACAUAUUGUUCCUAAGGACCACGAUUAUUAUGUUAUUUCCGACUUUUCUGAUGAUAGAGACAUUACCUAUACUGUUCAUGGAUUCGGUUAUGACAAUGUUAGCGAUGAUUAUAAGAUUAUUCGAUAUGUUGAUUAUCAUGGAAAGCUUGACACUCUUUGGCAAGGCCCCUAUUGGGAAAUAUAUAGUUUAGAGAGUAACUUUUGGGAGACACUUUAUGUUGAUAUGCGACAUCGUUUUUGGAGUUCGGUAGGUGCUGGGGUUCACUUGGAUGGAGUGUGCCAUUGGUGGAGCAAAGAAGAUUGUGAAACAUAUGUGGUAUCAUUUAACUUGAGCACUGAAGUACCUGUUACCACUCUACUGCCCUCAGAAUUGCAUGAUCUAGAUCAACAACAUGUUAAUAGAGACUUGGCGGUGUUAAAUGGGCAUGUAAUUAUGAUCUCCCGUUAUGUGAAGACCACUUCUUUCCACAUAUCAAUAUCAAUGUUGGGUGAGCCCGGGGUCAAUGAAUCAUGGAUUAAGCUCUUCGAUGUUGGACCCUUAUCUGACAUUAAGGGGUUUAUUGGAGCAGGGAGGAAGGCCGAUAUAUUUUUAAAAAAAGCUGAUGAUGAACUCGCAUAUUUUGAUUUAAAUACUGGAGUAAUUCAAAACAUUGGUGUUAAAGUAAACUCAUCUUGUUCUCAAGUAGUAUUUUAUAAGAAAAAAAUUCCUCCAAUCGGAGGAAUCCAAAAUUAG